CUAAUAAAUAAUUACGUUCAGAUCCACUAAUCGCGACGAAAUUACUUCUACCCCCUUGCUUCCUCUACUUGCCCAAAUUUAGCGAAAUUUCUUCCCUAAUUUUUCUCAUGCUCGAAGAGAAAUGGACGUAACGCAAGUUUCCCUCAUCCACCACAUCGCCUUAGUCCUCUUACUGCUUUGGGUCUUCACCUCUCUUGGCUGGGCUCAUCCUGUUGUCUUCUUCAUCUCUCUGCUCUAUCUCUACGCGGUAAAUGAACAGUAUUUAGUAAGAUUGCGGAGGAAGUUGCAAUAUGAAGAAAGAAAAUCAGCCAACCAAAGAAGGCUUCUUUCUGAUUCAGAAUCAGUGAGGUGGUUAAAUCACGCAGUUGAAAAAGUUUGGCCGAUUUGUAUGGAAUAUAUAGCAUCACAAAUAUUUCUCCAGCCUGUCAUACCGUGGUUCUUGGAAAAGUACAAGCCUUGGACUGCUAAAGAAGCAGUGGUUCAGCAUCUUUAUUUGGGUAGACGGCCACCCAUGCUCACUGAUAUAAGGGUUCUGGGUGAAUCAGUUGAUGAUGACCACUUGGUUCUGGAAUUGGGAAUGAAUUUUCUUUCUGCAGAUGAUAUGAGUAUAAUACUUGCGGUGCAGCCAAGAAUGGGGUUUGGCAUGUGGGCUAACAUGCAUAUUACUGGCAUGCAUGUGGAAGGGAAGGUUUUGGUUGGCGUUAAAUUUAUACGGGAGUGGCCAUUUCUUGGACGUAUGCGCAUAUGCUUUGUUGAACCACCAUACUUUCAGAUGACAGUAAAACCAAUCUUCAAUCAUGGAGUUGAUGUAACUGAACUUCCUGGAAUUGCAGGAUGGCUGGACAAUAUGCUAGCUGUUGCAUUUGAGCAGACAUUGGUUGAGCCUAAUAUGUUGGUUGUUGAUGUGGAAAAAUUUGCUACUUCACCAAAAGAGAAAUGGUACACCAUGGAUGAGAAAGCUCCUAUAGCACAUGCCAAAGUGGAGAUUAUUGAGGCAGCUGAUCUGAAACCAUCAGAUAUGAAUGGUCUCGCUGACCCGUAUGUGAAAGCCCAUCUUGGUCCUUAUAGGUUUCGCACAAAGGUUCAAAAGAAGACACUGUUCCCAAAGUGGCUUGAAGAAUUUAAGGUCCCUAUCACUUCCUGGGAAACACCUAACUUGCUUGUUCUUGAGCUGCGUGAUAAGGACCACAUCUUUGAUGACGUGAUGGGAGAUUGUGCAAUAAACAUCACUGAAUUGAGGGGUGGACAAAGGCACGAUAAGUGGUUGCCAUUGCAGAACAUUAAGAUGGGAAGGAUGCACUUAGCAAUUACAGUACUUGAAGGUGAUGAUGACAAGGGGAAGGAGCAGAAGAAUGAGCAGAUGGGCGAGUAUCAGAAUGCUGACGACGACAAUGCAACUAAAACGAUCGAUGCAGAUUCACCGAAAUCAAAUUUCAUGGCUCAAAACCAAGAUACCGAAAAAGUGUCUAAUAAAGGAAGUCGUCACAUGGUUGAUGAGUUUGAGGCGAUAAACAUCGAAGGGCAAGAAAAGACAGGAAUUUGGGUUCAUCAUCCCGGGAGUGAUGUAUCUCAAUCAUGGGAGCCUAGAAAAGGACGAGCUCGCCGGCCUGAAACCAGACUUCACUGUGAGACUAGCGAGGGCUUUGACAGUCCAAGAUCAGCAGAAUCUGGGUCUCAUCUCAGUGAUAAUACGAAGAUCAAUGAGGACAGCGGGAAGAGAAGUCACCGACUUAGUUCUUUCAGGAGAGGAAUACAAAAGAUUGGUUCAAUUUUUCAUUCGAAGGACGAUGAGCUUGUUCCUAGUCCACAAGGUAAUCUCCCUACUCCACAUGCCAAUCUUCGGUCAGUUGAUGAGAAGGGAACAUCUGUUAGGGUUAUAUAUGAUGACGGCUUCAGUGUAAAUAAUGAUAUCUGCAGCCCUGAGAAGAGCGAAGGUGAAAACACAAAGAGAGGCAAGGUGAAGGGGAUUGCCAAGAACAUUAUAAAACAGGCUGGUAAGCCAGCGCAUGCUUUGAAAAAUGUGCUGAGCAGGAAAGGUUCAUUCAGUAUGAAUGAGGACCAGGAAUCGGAAAUGGAUGAGAAAUUGUCUCAAGGAUCAGAAUCUAUUGCAGUUGAAGGGAAUGCAAUGGAAUCUAUUGAAGUUAAACAGGAAGGUUCUCAGCCUAGUCCUGGUAUUGAAAAAGAUGUCGAGAAUUCUGCAGAGGUUGAAGAAAAUGGUAAAGUGGGAAAAUCAGCGACUAGUUAAGAAGAUUGUGCAGAUAGAAAUACCAUAGAGAGGUUUGAGGCUUGAAAAUUUAGAGAUGAGCUUAUGAUUUUCUAACUGAUGCUCUUGACACUGUUUCUGUAUUUUAAGAUCAGUUUCCCUCAGAACUCGGUAAUUCUUUUCUGUAGGUUGCUGUAAUUAGUAUGCUGGAAUAAGAGUGCUUAAUGUUGAUAAUUGGCUGUACCCAGUUCUGAUUUUUUUUUAAAGUCUCUGUUCCCUUACUCUUCUUUGCUUUUAGAAUUCUGUUAGAAAUUUUUGUACUCUUAAAUUGGAAAAACUUGUUCAUCA